UCUCUGUUCUCGGUGAAGUCACGUUAUAAAUCAACUGUAAUCGGUAAAUUCAGGUCAACGUGUUUGUUACCGCCGUCAAAGCGUCAGCUGGACAGGAGGUUAAAAAUUAGCGGCUGAGCUAGCAGGGUCAGCAUGGCCAGGCAGUGGUCUGAGGGCCACUCCACUUCCAUUCUCUGUGUAGAGGUGUCUAUGGGCCCUGAAACUCUCAUUGCUUCAGGCUCUGAGGGUGGAGAGGUCACAGUGUGGAGCCAGGAGGGCACCAUCGUAGGCCACAUCACUCUUUCUGGUGAGGAAGACAGCACAAGCGUUGUGUUCUCACCUUCAGCUCCAAACCAGCUGUUUGUGGCACAUGGAGAUGCAGUUAGUGUGCUUGACCCAAGGAGCCUGAAGGGUCCCGUAGAGGAGUAUCAGGCUGCAGGGGAGGAGGAGAUCAACGCUUUAGCACUGAAUGAGACCGGUUCGGCCCUGGCUGUGGCGGAUGACUCCGGGGCUGUGCGCAUCUUGGAGGUUCCUGGAGGAAAAGUUUGCAGGACUCUGCGCAGACACACCAACAUCUGCUCCUCUGUUGCUUUUCGGCCUCACAGGCCCAAUAACCUGGUGUCUGCCGGACUCGACAUGCAGGUGAUGCUGUGGGGUCUGCAGAAGACCCGCCCUCUGUGGACCCUCAACCUUCAGGAUGUGGCAGAGGAGGAAGGCAACCAGCAGCAGCGACCUGGUCAGCUCUUCAACCCGCCGCUGGCCCACUGCGUUUCUGUCUCGAGCUGUGGAAAUAUUUUGGGGUGCGCAGCAGAGGACGGGCGGAUACACCUGAUGCGGAUCGGGAGCGGCUCAAAACUGGAGCAGCACGGAGCGUUUAAAGCCCACAGCCAGGGAGCCUCGCAAGCCCACUUUGUUAACUUCCUCUCCCACCCAUACUGGCUCAUCACUGGUGGAAAUGACAGCCAGGUUGCAUUAUGGGACCUCAGCAAGCACCCAGUGGUGGCUCCAGAGGGGAAAAUUCAAAAGACAGCACCCCAUCGAAGGAAGGGUAAGAGCAAAGCAAAGAGGAAGGAGCAGUCCCAGGAGAAAACAAAGACUGAUGCGCAGAAGGACGAGGCUGAGGGGAGCGAUGAAGCAGGAGCAGCAGGAAGCGCAGAGGAGGUGACGGAGGAUAAGUCUGGGCCUAAACUGAGCAUCAGCCAUGGGGACAAGGUGAACUGGCUGUGUCCUACUGUGCUGAAAGGAGAACCAAGUGUGAUAGUUGCAGAUCAGAGCUCCAGUCUGACAGUCUAUCCUCUCUCUUAACUGGACACUAAACAGCUUUUUUUCCCCCCCUCACAGCAGUUCAUCUUUUAGAAAACCUUUUUCCCCUCUGUUUGUUGAUUGAGACUGAGUUAUGUUUUUGGUUUUCCUUCUUAAAAUGUGUGAACACUUUGAAAAUAAAAAUAAAUAAAUAAACCCAACCGGUUUUAAUCUCAAACAUCAAAAAAAUCUGCAUGAGAGUCCACAAUGUAAUAAACCAGAGGUUAGUUAUUUUGGAGUCUCGUUUACUGCAGGCUUAUUUAUGAGGUUUUUGUGUGUGUGUGUGUCCCUAUAAAAGUGUCUCUUUUAAAUACACGUUCUGUCUCUGAAUAGAUUUGUUAUGGUUUUAUAAACAAGUUCUUCAUUUUUCUGGAUUGUAAUUGUGCCACAUCUGACAGAAGAAAUCUGCAUUUCAUGUUUAACAGAGUUUUUAAUGAAGCCACCCCAAUCCAAACCAGGUGGCCAACAGAAAUCAAAGCACAGUAAAUGAAAGCUGGCCCCCACAGACAUCAGAACAAAAAAAUGAUUGCAGACAGCCACACAUGCAUUUGAAUUGCUGCCACAUGAAAAAAGCAU